ACUCUACUCGCGCUCAGCAUCAUUCUGAGUAGUAGCUUCAUAGCAGCAACGCAGAGUACCUACCGCAUCCAACAUGACUGGAACAGCAGUUGAAACCGCAGCGGCUUCGCCGAAAAAAGCAGUAGUCUCGAAGAAGACGGCGAGUAAGAAGCCAGCUACCAAGGCAGCCCAUCCAUCAACAGCUGUCAUGGUCAACGCAGCUCUUGCUGCUUUGAAGGACAAGAAGGGCUCGGCACUGGUGGCUAUCAAGAAGUACAUCGCUUCUAACUACAUCGUCGACGUCACCAAGCAGGCGCACUUUAUCAGAAAGUAUCUGAAGAACGCAGUUGAGAAGAAAACCAUCAUUCAGACCAAGGGCACUGGAGCUCUUGGCAGGUUCAAGCUUGCUGUCGAGGCCGUAAAGAAGCCUAUAAAAAAACCCGCAGCAGCCAAAAAGCCGAAAGCGACUGACGAGAAGAAAGCCGCAGCGAAGAAGCCCGCAGCUGCGAAGAAACCUGCAGCAAAGAAAUCUGAAGCCGCGAAGAAGACCACGGCCACCAAGAAGGCUGCCCCUGCCAAAGCCAAGGCUCCCAAAUCACCAUCGAAGGCGAAGAAAGCUGGAAAAUCUCCCGUUGCUGCUAAGCCUAAGACACCCAAGCCUAAGAAGACUGUCGCUGCUAAGACAAAGCCAGCUAAACAAUAAAUAAAUGCCUUGUAAACAGUCCUUUUGAGGACUAACAAUCAAACAAUCGGCCCUUUUCAGGGCCACUAUAAAUUUAAACGUUGGACAUUAUAUUAGCUAAAUUUCCUAACCUUCAACGGUUUUCCAUCUAACCUUUUCCCGCCAUGUACUUCGCGCGCUUUUCCCAAGCGUCUAUUCAUAUAUGAUCUUUAACGUUAUAGAACUCGAGAAUAAAAUCAAUACUUACAUUUGCGGUGAUGCGGUCUCGACUGAACCUAAUACUACUUGCUAUACGUAAUUGCUUUCAUUUUUAUUAAUUGUUAAAAAAUUUAUAGUACACCCACAUAAAUAAAACUUGUGACACUUAA